AGACUGCCCAGAGCUGCGCGUGAACCCAGGCCCUGAGACAAGGGUGAAUGGUCUCACACAGACCGACACACCGGUGAAUGGGCUCGGGGCGUCCAAAGAUGCAGCAGAACCUGGAACUGGCACUGGGGGCCCUCGACCUGGGAUUCGGUCUGUGUGAGGGGACUGGGAGCAUCUUUGCAGAUGUGUGCAGCGUCACCCACACUCUCAGAGGUUUCCGGACACGCACCACUCAGAAACGCAGGUGAGGAGCACCCGCUGCGUCUACGCUGAGAGCUACAGAACGAGCUGCCAGGCCCUCGGGUGGAAGGAGACAGCCAGGGCUGGCAGGCAGGGUGGAAAGAUGGGGCACCCACCAGACUCUCCCAGUGCCCUGGCCCCAACUGGCACCACAGCUAUACCUGGGCUUAUUCCAGACCUCAUCGCCGGGACUCCCUGGCCCCGCUGGGCUCUCAUUGCAGGCGCCCUUGCUGCGGGCGUCCUCGUCGUCUCCUGCCUCCUCUGUGCCGCCUGCUGCUGCUGCCGCCGCCACAGGAAGAAGCCCAGGGACAAGGAGGUGGUGGGUCUGGGCAGUGCCCGUGGCACCACCACCACCCACCUGGUGCAGCCUGAUGUGGAUAGCCUGCAGUCCAGUCCGGGGGGCGCUCAGCAAUGGGGGCGCCUGCAGCUGUCCCUGGAGUAUGACUUUGGAAGCCAGGAGAUCAGGGUGGGCCUGAGGCAGGCAGCCGACCUGAGGCCCGGGGGCACCGUGGACCCCUAUGCGCGGGUCAGCGUCUCCACCCAGUCCGGGCACAGACAUGAGACAAAAGUGCACCGAGGCACGCUCUGCCCUGUAUUUGACGAGACCUGCUGCUUCCACAUCCCGCAGGCGGAGCUGCCAGGGGCCACCCUGCAGGUGCAGCUUUUCAACUUCAAGCGCUUCUCGGGGCAUGAGCCCCUGGGUGAGCUCCGCCUGCCACUGGGCACCGUGGAUCUACAGCACGUUCUGGAGCACUGGUACCCGCUGGGUCCGCCGGCUGCCACCGAGCCCGAGCAGGUGGGAGAGCUGUGCUUCUCUCUCCGGUACGUGCCCAGCUCAGGCCGGCUGACCGUGGUGGUGCUGGAGGCUCGAGGCCUGCGUCCAGGACUGGCAGAGCCUUACGUGAAGGUCCAGCUCAUGCUGAACCAGAGGAAGUGGAAGAAGAGAAGGACAGCCUCCAGAAAGGGCACGGCUGCCCCCUACUUCAACGAGGCCUUCACCUUCCUGGUGCCCUUCAGUCAGGUCCAGAAUGUGGACCUGGUGCUGGCCGUCUGGGACCGUGGCCUGCCGCUCCGGGCUGAGCCUGUGGGCAAGGUGCACCUGGGUGCCCGGGCCUCGGGGCAGCCCCUGCAGCACUGGGCAGACAUGCUGGCCCACGCCCGGCGGCCCAUUGCCCAGUGGCACCCCCUGCAGCCAGCCAGGGAGGUGGACCGCGUGUUGGCCCUGCAGCCCCGCCUGCACCUGCACCUGCCCUUGCCCCACUCCUGAACGCACCACGUGCCUCGGUCUCCCUGCUGAGCCCAGGCACUUGCCCAGGCCGCCCUGCAGGACCACUGCAAUAAACGCCUUCUCCUGCCA